AUGGCUGGUAAUGGUACGACAUGUGUGGUACUGUCGCUUCUGGCGACGGUGUUAUCUGUCUGUAGUUUGGAGCCGCUGGUUGAUCUGCCGGCUGGCCCCGUCCGGGGAACCGUCCUGGACGUGUCGGGCACACAGGUGAACGCCUACCUGGGGAUUCCCUACGCCAAGCCGCCUGUAGGGGAGCUGCGCUUCAAGCCGCCGGUCCCGCCCGACCCUUGGCAGGGAGUCUACAACGCGACGGAAAUGCCCAGGAGUUGUUAUCAGAAGCUAGGCCUCUACAACCCAACGGAUCGUAGCGAGGACUGCCUGUACGUGAACGUGUGGCAGCCCCCGUCCCGGCCGCACUACGGCGCUGUGAUGGUGUGGAUCCAUGGGGGAGGGUUUGUCGAAGGGUCAGGUACCGGGGGAGACCGCGGUGUCGGGCGAUUCCUGGCCGCCACAGAACACGUUAUCGUCGUCAGCAUGAACUACCGGCUGGGGGCCCUGGGGUUCCUGGCCCUCGGGACGGACGAUGCCCCAGGGAACAUGGGACUGCUGGACCAGCAGCUGGCCUUACAGUGGGUACAGGACAACAUAGAGAGGUUCGGGGGGAACCCGGACAGGGUGACCAUUUUCGGCAAUAGUGCAGGUGGCGCUAGUGCCCACUUCCACCUUCUGUCCCCCUCCAGCAGUAGUCUGUACCAGCGCGCCAUUCUACAGAGCGGAGCGGCCUUCUGCAACUGGGCCCUUACACCGAGGGACGUCGCCAUGGCCCGAGGCCGCGCCCUCGGCUCCGCCCUGGGCUGUCGGCAGCCCGAGGUCCAGGACAUGGUGGCGUGUCUGCAAAGUCGUUCUGCGGAGGACAUUGUGAACAACCAACCACAGGCUCUUUUGGAUUUUGGUUUUACCCCGGUGGUUGAUGGGAAUUUUCUGCCCUCUCACCCGUCAGAUAUGGCCGAAGAACGUCCCCCUCCCACUGUUGACGUCAUGGCUGGUUUCACAACCAAUGAAGGUUCUUUGUUCAUAGCUAGGGAAACAUCGCUGGGUUUCAACCGUUCAACGGACAGUUUCAUCAACAAGAACCAGUACAUCAAAACUAUCCAAGCGCUCCUGCCGACUCUGAAUGAGUUUGGAACCGACGCUGUGGCGUUUGAGUACACGGACUGGCGAGGCCUGGACAACCCGGCAGUGUACCGGGACGCCGCGGAGAACAUGGUCGGGGAUUACUCCUUCAAGUGCCCGGUGAUAGAAGCCAGCCUUGCACGUGCUCGUGUCGGCGGGAAGGUGUACAUGUACCAGUUUAACCACGUCGUAUCAACUCUGCCCCCACCGCCAUGGACUGGAGCUCAACACACCUCUGAAAUCGCAAUGGUCUUCGGUUUGCCCCUAGAUUCAUCUCAGAAUUAUACCCCAGAUGAAGACAGACUAUCCAGGACAAUGAUGCGAUUCUGGACCAACUUUGCGAAGACAGGGGACCCCAAUGAUCCUGGGACCGAGACGUGGCCACCCUACAACCAGACGGACCAGUCCUACAUCGUACUGGACACACAGCCGGUCCGAGUUGCGCAGUGGCCCAGGACCAGGCCUUGUGCCUUCUGGCGGGAGUACCUCUGGCAACUGCAGGAACAAACAGACGUUCUUCUGCACAACCAGGCGGCAGCUACCGGGGGGCAACCGCGGACAGCUCACCUCCCCACCCGACUGUACGUACAUGUAGGACUGGGGUUCCUGCUGAAACUGCUUUUCCAACAUUGCUGACUGAACUUUAAGACACGAAU